CCAUACAACUAUAUUCCCUUUACUCCUCCCAAAGACUUAUGGACCAGCCUCUUAUACACGCUUCAGCUCGCAAAUAUUACAGACAAUUUUGUCAACAAGUUGCCCACUAUCUAUCAUUCUUCGGACAAAACUUCGAGCCAUCUUAAUACAGUCAUUCAUCUCGGAGAUUCCCAAAAACGCGUCUGCAACGUUUACAAACUCACUGUCGAGGGCGAAAUUUAUUAUGUUGCAUAUGUCGGACAUCUAUCUCGCGAUCUGGAAAAUGUGAAACGAUUUUAUUCCACGAGACCUGUUCCGCGAGAACGAAGCGUACAGCUUUAUGAUGGGAGCAAGAAAAAUGGAAAAGAUGAUAACAGUUUACGCGGAAAGAGGAAAAGCAGCAUGGGAGACAGGAUAAAGGCUGCAUAUGCUGAACAAAAGACCGAGUUAGAUUAUAUGGAUCCGUUGAAGGAGUAUCUGAGUGUUACAGUGGAUCACGAUGGUGAAGAAGUUCUCGAUGUACACGCAGAAUUUGAAGAGAAUCCCGUGACUACGGAACCAACUUUCGAGGAUGUGAUGACUCUCUGGGUUGCUGUCCUAAUGUGGAGCGUCCAAUCAGUUGUUGAUCAUCAAUCAUACACGCAAACGGCUUCGCGGAUCAGUGGGAAGAUUUACGCGUUAAUAAAACAACACGGGGUAGGGGGACUGGUGAAUUAA